AAGCGGUUCAGGCUUAGUUUGGUGCUCCUGCAUCAUUACAUCUGAUUUUAGUCAUUCCUCAGGUUUACGUGUGGACAUAUGCUCAAGACCGCAUUUCUGGAUUACAAUUUUGUUCCAGGGUCGACGAAAUAUGAACUCGGCAACAUCGGGAUGUAUGCGACCCCGUCUGCAAGCCCCGUCUAAACUCUCAAAAAGAACAAGUUUCACGCAGAAGCAAUGCAGUAAGAGUGUGCGCUGAGCUGCAGCAGCAUCAGUGUCUCGGUGUCAGCCGCUCUGCAGCAUGCCUCGGGAAACACGCUCGAUCCACACUUUCAGCUCGGCGGGAUGUGAGUUCAGACAGCAGCGUGUGAUCCGAUCCGCCCACACCCCAGGCACGGACCCACUGCAUCACCGAGACUCACUGAGGGAAAAGAGCACCGCAGCACCUGUCACGCCUUUGGACACUAUUUCACCUGUAUCAUUCUUUGUUUGUUUAAUAAAUCCACCCUUCGGGGUAUUUAUUUUGAACUCUCCUUGCCGUGUGUUUUCUUCACCCCGUCACAGUAUCCUCCAGCAUCCCUGGUAGACAUACGGCGGAGCAGUCUGACGCCAAGCCCAGGACCGGGAUUGCUUGCCCAACUCCCCGGUCAGCCCUCGUACUUGGCUAAGUGUCCAUCUGGCUGAUUUCCUACGGAUAAGCGAUCAGGAUGGUAGGAGAGGCCCGGACUGACGCGGACCGACCGAAGCGAUGGAGGAGACAACCCCAGACCCCGCUUUUGUGGACGUGGACCAGGGUCUGACCCUGGCGUGCAUCGCCUUCCUCUGUCUGCUGCUGGUGGCAAUGAUCAUCCGCUGUGCCAAAGUCAUCAUGGACCCCUACAGUGCCAUCCCCACCUCCACCUGGGAGGAACAGCACUUGGACGACUAGCGGAUCUCAUUUUUCCCACCACCCGGGCAAACAAACAAUGCACUUGCAUUCAAUCAAACCCUAACGACGAUCUCUGUGGGAUAUUUUAGCUGCUAGUCAUCUUCCUGCGUACAGAGACACUAGCUUUGAAGACGACUUUAAGGAAACCAAGCUGAAUCCUCCCCAACCGACCCUGGCUAAAAAAGGCGGCAUGAAUCCUAAAACGAAGCUGAUUUUGAAAUCCGCGUCUUUUUUUUGCUUCAAGAAAUUCCAAAACAAAAGCACAAAAUCAGACACUCCCAACCAAACGCUAACCUGACGUUCUCCCAACCGACGCAUCCCGAAUUUGUAGCCAUACAAGUGAGCGAAUGUAUAUUUUUAUAUUUCGUAAUGAAAAACACAUUCAAGUAAGGCACGGAGCGCUACGCAAUUUUCUACGCGAACGAAGCUGUAUUUCUAUAGCUGUCUUCUUAAUGUCAGUUUUCGUCUACACAGAGCAACAGUCAGUAAAAACAGCCGGCAUGUUUAUUUAUGGUACAGUAAUUUGCAGAUAACUAUCGCCCCCUUGAAUAGCGCCGCUGCAAAUACAGUGUACAAAUGCGAAUACGUAUUUCCAAUGGGAUUGCAUACACGCAAUACAUCGCAUUCAUAUUUACAGACGUGCAUAAAGUAUGAUCUCAAUCGCGAUUAUGUUUCGCAAGAAGGCCCAGCUAAAGAUGAAAAACGCCAUAAACUGUCGCAUUCAUCUUAACGUUUAUGGGCUCUUACGAUCUGAUCCCCUGAUGUGGGUCGAUUCUGUUGUCCUUGAUGAAUCGUACGCGUUUGCAGAGAGCUAUAGUCUGCACUGCAUGAUAUCAAGUGCCUCGGCUGAAGUCAUAUAAACGAAGUCAUGAAUGAAUGCAUCCUUCGUUCACGCGAAGGACGAAAUGAUGCCAGUGUCCUGUCUGAUGAGAAAAUGCAAAUGUCUGUUUUUAACCACAAUAAAGACGCUAGUAAUCCCUAAAUAUCCGGUGAAUUGUCACCAGCCAUUGGUGAGUACACUACAAAUAUUACCACUGGAAAUCUUCGACUUUUAUUAUGGGAUUUUAAAUGGACUCGCGCUACAAUUUGAGUAUAAAAAAAGUCGUAUCACGUUUAUUUAGCAUUUUGGAUACAUAUUGUUUCAAAGCAGCUUCACGGUAAUGAACAGAAAAAUAAAAGUGUUGUAAAACGAAUCAACUUCAAUAAUACUUAAGCGUGUACAGAAUGGCAUCAACAGUGAUUCCAUUCGGUUCAAUAACAAGUUAAUUUAACUUAACACUUAAGAAGACAUUAUUGAGCUUAUUCUCAAUUUUUGGUGUUCUCAUCUUAUAAUGCGAGUAUGUUACGAUAUUGUAGUGGAUGCAACUAUACUGUAAUAUAUUGCACUAAAUUCAGGGCUUUCAAACAAAUAAUCGCAAGUUUUUUUUGUUAACAGUGCAUGUGUGUGUAUUUUAAUUUUGUAUAUAUAAAGACACACAGAUACAGAAUAUAUUUAGAAAAUAUUUGCAUUUAUAUUCAUAUAAUUUGUACCACAUACAAAUAUAUUAUAUAUUUUUAUAAUAUAUAUAAAAAGCAUGCGUGCGCAUUUGCACUAUAAAUAAACCAACUUAUCGUGUAAACAAAAGCUUAUUUAAAACACGAAUAAUCGUGAUUAAUAAUUUGACAGCACUAACUAAAAACUAAUUAACUGUUAACUAAAAAAAAAUUGCAUUUUUGCAAAAUUCUAUCUUCAGAAGGGUUCAGUUGCAUUUGUACUUUCACGCGAGUUAACUGAUUGAAAUUAAUAUAUUAAUAUAAUUAACAAUUGAAAUCAUAUCAGUCAUUUUAUUAUCCUCAGUAGUGCAUUCACGCCAAUGAAAAUUAAGUUUUGAUAUAUUUACAAUAUAUCUUUAUGGAACGUGAUCUUUGCUUAAUAUCCUAAUGAUUUUUGGCAUGAAAUAAAAAUCGAUCAAUUUGACCAAUGCAAUGUAUUUUUGGCUUUUGCUACCAAUCUACAAAUAUAUAUCACACGGCCAAUCAAAGUUCUUCCUUCUACAGAACACCUCAAGUCCUCUACCCGUCAACAAGGUCUUAUCUCCGCAACCAGGAGAGUUUUUUUAAAGGUAACGACAAAAAGCGCCACAGCGACAAAUUGUACAUGCUCCAAAUCAAAGACAGCAGCGUUGAGGAGCUUGACAGCAAGUUACGAUCGCUUUCAUUAAAAACAGAUUUAUGUUUUUCCUCGCGUCGCUCGCUCUUUUAUCUCACGGACUCAGAGGAAGCAGCCUUCAAAACGAGCUGAUGAUUCAGCACGGCAAAAGCGUUUGUUGUCCGUCAUAAGAACCACAAGCCCCCCUCCUCUCAAAAGAGUAUUUACUUCCCACAGUGCAAGCGCGAUCGAUCAACCCAAGAAUACUUCGGCUUUUCGUUUGCCGUCCAAUUCAUUCAAACGCAACAAAUCAUUUUCCAUUUGCUUAAUUCUUAUCAAGGUCUGCGUUAUAAGAGGCGUUUUCAGACACGAAAGGCACAAGAGCUGCUUCAUAAACUGAAGUCCUGAUUUGAAAUACAGCAGAAGGUAUUAUUGCUAGAAAGCCAGGUGGUUCAUGACGCAAAGUAAAGUCAUUUUUUAAAUGAUCAAGCAGCACUUUCAAAGGGUUCAAUUACGUUCAGAGUAAUUAUUUCAGUAAGAGCGCAUUCGCCUAAUGGAGUUAUUCAUUAAAUGUAGCCCAGUAAUGUUUUGCUCGGCUAUGUUCUCCUUUCUCCUCUCCUUUUUUUUGGUUUGGGAUUUGAACACACUGUACUUCAACACGUGUAUGAUGCAUUAGACAUGGAUUUUAUAGCCUAAAACUGUCAACUGUAAAAUUGUUUUGGACAUGCACUGAUGCAUUUUGCAUAACAC